CCGCCAGCCAGCCAGCCGGAGCCCCGGCCGCUCCCGCCGCCUGGCUCUUUGUACUGCCGCCGCCGGGGGCGGGCGGGGGGGAGGAGGCCGAGGCGGCGCUGGCGGCGGACGGCGCUAGGCGAAGAGGGGUUGCCGGGGCCGAGGCGCGGGAGGGGCUGCAGUGACAGGGGCCGAGCCCCCCGGGCUGCACUGGGCGAGGAGGGGGGUCUCCUCACACGGGGGUGGCGGGGGGGGGCGCUCCUCACGGCUCUCCCUCCCCACCCCCUCAGCAGACAAUGGAGGUUCUGGUGGGUCACCCGGGGGGAGGAGGGGCGGCGGCGCCCCCACAGUGCCCCCCACUCGUGCUUCGCGGAUGGAGGGGCCUUUUGAACGCUUCCCGGCCGCGGCCGCGCGUCCCUUCUCCCCGCCCCCCCCCGCCUCCGUCCCUCCCUCCCCCCUGCUGCCUUCGCGGCUCCUCUCCCCCCCCUUCUGUUGUGGAGUUGGGUCUCUUUAUGCAGAAGGGCUUUGUCUGCUGCUCGCUCUCCUCCUCCUGCUGCGCUCUCUGUGUGCCCCUCGGCGCGAGAAAGCGGGGUGGCGGGGGGCUCCUUCUCUUCCCUGAAGGAUUUUGUCUCCUGCUCGCCUGCUUCCCCCGCCUCGCCUCGCCUCCCCUCUCCCACACAUGCCGUCCAUCACCUUACACGGUUUGGUUCCAGUGAGAGCGAAUGGGAGCUGUCAAAAAGCGCCUUCCCCUGUCGAGGAGCCCUUGUUUUGUCUUGGGGAUUAUUUGUUUGUUUUUUGGUCUCGCUUCAUCUUGAUGUGGACGCAUAAGGAACCCAAAGCAUUGGACCAAAAAAAAUAUCAGAGAUGAAAAGAUGGAUGGUGAUAGUUCUACAACAGAUGCUUCUCAGUUAGGAAUUGCUGGAGAUUACAUUGGUGGUAGUCACUAUGUGAUACAGUCUCAUGAUGAUACUGAGGACAGCAUGAAUGAUCAUGAAGACACAAAUGGCUCAAAAGAGAGUUUUAGAGAACAAGAUAUUUAUCUUCCAAUUGCAAAUGUGGCGAGGAUAAUGAAAAAUGCCAUACCUCAGACAGGAAAGAUUGCAAAAGAUGCAAAAGAGUGUGUGCAGGAGUGUGUAAGUGAAUUCAUCAGCUUUAUAACCUCAGAAGCAAGUGAGAGGUGUCACCAAGAAAAACGAAAGACUAUAAAUGGGGAGGAUAUUCUUUUUGCCAUGUCCACCCUAGGUUUUGACAGCUAUGUUGAACCUUUGAAGUUGUAUCUCCAGAAGUUCAGAGAGGCCAUGAAAGGAGAAAAGGGCAUUGGGGGAGCAGUUACUACAGCAGAUGGCCUUAGUGAGGAACUCACAGAGGAAGCAUUUACUAACCAGUUGCCAGCAGGUUUGAUAACUACAGAUGGCCAACAGCAAAAUGUUAUGGUGUAUACAACAUCUUAUCAACAGAUUUCGGGUGUUCAGCAGAUUCAGUUCUCAUGAUUUGAAGGUGGCUUUGGAUCUGGAGGAUGUGAACGAGAUGGGCAAGGAACUAGGGAACACUAAAAGGAAACCUUAGUUUGAAAUGGCUGGUGAAGAAAGAAAUGUCACUUUGUAUAUUCAGUAGCUGUAAUGUAGCUGCCUGAGGCUUGACUAAUUGAGGUGUAAACUCUGACUCAAACCUUUUCUUCAUGAAUGAUUUUAAAAGAAAUUGGAUUUUAAAAGGUAUUAAAGUAUUUUUGUUUUGUACAAGAGUUUGUUGCUCUGUAUAACUCCUGUAUGCAUUGUAUAUUGCAAUUUACUACUGUCAGAGAUUUGUAGACAGUUUCUUAUUUUCAUAUUGAAUCAUGUUACUUUUGUAAUUCAAGUAAACAGCUGGGUUUAAUUCAUGUUUACCCUUUGAAUAAAUAUAAGGGUACAGUUCAUUUUGAAUGCAAGUUGCCUUUAUUAUAAAAAUUGAAAUGACCUUUGUUUUGUAACUGUCGUGCAUGACUAAAGUUGCAUUAACAUAUUUAUUAAUAUUUUAACUUGGAAAGGGAAUUCCUCAAGCGCCAGCAGUUCAAAAGAAGUGCUCCCAGUGGUUUUUAAUGUAAUGAAUGAAUUAAAUGUGAAUCAAGAAGUAACCAGUCGUUCGGUCUCUUAGCAUUAGAAGCUUGGGACACAAUCUACCAGGAACUACUUUGCACAAGCUUCAUGAGAAUGAAGGGAGAGUUGCACAGUAAUUGUCCUCUUGUACAGGGCUAAUUCCUGUGGAUUGUCUGGUGCCCAGUAACAGUGUUAACUGUACCUUGUAGUACAAACCCUAUUUUGCAACAACUAUAAGUAUGCAGUAGAAUCUUUUUUGUUGAUCCCAUUGACUAGGCGUUUGUCUCACUGGUUUUGAAAUAAACCCUUUUUAAUUUA